GCCAGACGCCAAAGCAGCAACAUCUGGCCCAGCCGGCGGGAGCUGCCGCGGAGGCCGCCCUGUCAAUCAGCAGGCGACAGGACAACUGUCUAGGCAGGAUGCCGGCCGACUGGUGAGUGGUGACGCAGCCCGGGAUGUCGGUGGUGGCGGCGGGGGACGGCCGGAAGGCGUCGGUGGAGGAGCGCCGGUCGCGCGUCCACCAGGAGCUGCAGGAGCUGCAGCAGCGGCGCCACCAGCAGCGCCUGCAGAGGGCGCACGAGCAGCGGGAGCUGCGCGACAUGCUGGCCAAGUACUCGCCGUGGGGAAAACCGGGCUGCGGCGCCCCCAACCCUGACGGCAUCCGCAAGAGGAAGAUGCGGCUGGACGGACUCUUCCCGGACGACGAGAAGAAGGGCCAGCGGCCUACCGCCCCGCCAGUGGACGGGCCACCUCGAGCCUCGCCGUCCCCGUCGCCCAGCGGCUGCCUGCGCAGGGACCCGCUCAUCCACUUCCAGCCGCACGAGACGGGCCGCCGCUGCGUCGACAACCUGCUCAGGUACCGCCAGCCCGGGGACCAGCAGCGGGCCUACAAGCAGCAGCUCGACAACAUGGUAGCCGAGAGGCGGAGAUUGCAGGCGGAGGAGGAGCGGAGGCAGAAACAACUGGAGACUCAGCUGGGCUGGACGGAUAACUCGACGCUGAGGACGGCAGAGAACCAGCGCUACCGCCGCUACAACGGCCACAACAACCAGCUCAACAGCAGCAUCAGCUUCACCAGCAGGAACAACAGUAACAGCAGCAACAACUGUCUCACCUACAAUGGCCACAAGGAAGAGGACUCUGGCGGCGUGGAGUUGGUACCCCUGCUGACGAGGCGACGGCCGCCGCAGGCGCCCAGGCACCCGCUGGCCUCCACUGACGUCACCCGCGUCCGCUCCGAGCCCCCCAGCGCGAGCCCGCGGUCCUGGCUCAAGUCGGGCAGUGACUACAUCCAGGAGCUGUCCCGCCAGGUGACCACCAAGCAGCAGGAGCAGCAGAGGGCAGUGCAGGAGGAACGCGAGAGCAGCCGGAAGCACCACGAGACGUGGCGUGGCCUGUGGGGACGGCCGGGCCACGGGGCACCCCGCGAGGUCACCACCAAGGCCAACCUGGACACGCUGCUGCGGCAGGUCACCGUAAAGUAGGACUGGGCACCGGCGCCAUGGCCCGCACCGUCAA